UCAUCCUCCUGGCACAGAAUGCCCUAAUGCCACUUAGAAUUCUUCCUGUUUCCGUCCCUCCCUGCAAAACAUUUCAUUGCAAUAUUUACUAGAAGUGAGUAGGGUUGUUAGGAGGAAGAGAAGUGGGGAAGCAAGUUGAGUUCACAGAGGAAGGGACAGGGUGACAUCCCAGGAUUACAUAAACUUACAGGGGCUGCCAAAUUGGUCAAACCAGCCUGUGUAACCUAGAAGCCAGAGAACGCUGCUGUAAAGGAAAGAAACUGAAGCCUUUCUCGGAGCCUGUCUGGGCUGCUCCCACUCUCAGAAUCUACCGACCAUGCUUAUGCUCGGCUUGUUGCUGUUGCCUUUGACACUGGUGCAUGCCUCUCCCGCCACACCAGAACCCUGUGAGCUGGACCAGGACGAGGAAAGUGUCCGCUGCUACUGCAACUUCUCAGAUCCGCAGCCCAAUUGGUCCAGCGCUUUUCUAUGCGCGGGGGCGGAAGACGUGGAGUUCUACGGCGGCGGUCGCAGCCUGGAGUACCUUCUAAAGCGUGUGGACACGGAAGCAAAUCUGGGGCAGUACACUGAUAUUAUCAGGUCUCUGCCCUUGAAGAGGCUUACUGUGCGGUCCGCGCGGGUUCCUACUCAGAUUCUAUUCGGAACCCUGCGUGUGCUCGGAUAUUCUGGCCUCCGGGAACUGACUCUUGAAAACCUCGAGGUAACCGGCACCGCGCUUUCGCCGCUUCUGGAUGCCACCGGACCCGAUCUCAACACCUUGAGCCUCCGCAACGUGUCGUGGGCAACAACGGAUACCUGGCUCGCAGAACUGCAGCAGUGGCUAAAGCCUGGACUCAAGGUACUAAGUAUUGCCCAAGCACACUCACUCAACUUUUCUUGCAAACAGGUCGGCGUCUUCCCUGCCCUUGCCACCUUAGAUCUGUCUGACAACCCUGAGUUGGGCGAGAAAGGACUGAUCUCGGCCCUCUGUCCGCACAAAUUCCCGACCCUCCAAGUUUUAGCGCUGCGCAACGCGGGGAUGGAGACGACCAGCGGCGUGUGCUCUGCGCUGGCCGCAGCAAGAGUGCCACUGCAGGCACUGGAUCUCAGUCACAAUUCACUGCGGGAUACUGCUGGCACUCCGAGCUGUGACUGGCCCAGUCAGCUAAACUCGCUCAAUCUAUCUUUCACUGGGCUGGAGCACGUACCUAAAGGGCUGCCAGCCAAGCUUAGCGUGCUUGAUCUCAGUUACAACAGGCUGGAUAGGAAACCUAGGCCAGAGGAGCUGCCUGAAGUGGGGAGCCUGUCACUUACAGGAAAUCCCUUUUUGCACUCUGAAUCCCAGUCGGAGGCGUAUAACUCUGGCGUAGUCAUAGCCACAGCUCUUUCACCCGGAUCAGCGGGCUUGUCAGGAACUUUGGCUUUGCUCCUAGGACAUCGCCUCUUUGUUUAAGGAACGUUUGCAUCUUCCUGGUUUCUGAGGGUCCUGGUCAACAAAUCCUCUGCUUUAAAUUUAUUAAAAUCUUAAUCCACAAUGUAAGGAAGGACAAUCAAGAUGGCUCAAUGGGUAAAAGCCACCAAGCUUGACUCCUGAUUUUGAUCCUCGGGAUCCACACCAAAGGAAAGAACUCUCUCCUGAAAGUUGUCCAUCGGUGCUCACAAAUAAAUAUAUUUUUUUUUCCGGAGCUGAGGACCGAACCCAGGGCCUUGCGCUCACUAGGCAAGCGCUCUACCACUGAGCUAAAUCCCCAACCCCACAAAUAAAUAUUUUUAAAAUAA